AUUUCCGACUUGUGACCAACACUUUUCUAUAAAAUGAAUAUUCAACCGGGACAGCUACCAUUGAAAGCAAUUAGCUUAACGUCCGCGGUGAAGUCACCUGAGGAGGUUGAGCAGGAUUCAAAGAAGGAUGAGCCACGUGCCGAGGGAGCGGGGUUCGGUAGAAGAAACAAUGCUGGAACGAAGCUGCCAGCGGCGAGAUCGACGCCAAUGAAAAUUCCGAAUCAGGUGGCAGCGAUGCCGGUUCAGAUGACUGGCUUCGUUCAGCUUGCCAGCAACAACAUCCUCAGCGCAAUCGCCCAUACCAACUCUCUGAUGGUUGUCCAAUGCAUCGAACCGCUCGAGAUCUUCACCGGAUUCGAGACUCCAAAUCGCUAUGUGGUCCACGACAUGUACUGUCGUCCGCUGCUUUAUUGUAUGGAAAGAUCAAACGUCUUUGCUCGUCAGUACCACGGAAACAAUCGUAACUUCGGAAUGCAGAUCAUGGAUACGCACGGAGCCCAGGUGAUGACUUGCUUUCGAGGAAGACCAUGCUGCUCAUGCGAUGAUUUCCUGAGCACCCAGUUCCUCGAUCAGCAGAUUGGGAUGAUGAAGAGGGAGUGCUGUAAUCCUAACUUCGAGCUCAUCGGAUCCGGCUGCAACCAGCCCCUGCUCAUCCAAUCUCCAGUUUGUGCUGGCUGUGGUGGUACUCAGAAAUUUCCAGUUAUGACCUACAAUGGCGCACUCGUCGGAGAAAUCGUCCGCCUCUACCCGGGAUUCAUGCAGGAGAUGUUCACCGAUGCGGACACCUAUAUUGUUCAUUUUCCAAUGGACAUGCCGCCAAUCUUGAAGCUUCUGCUCGUCACCUCGGUUUUCUUGAUCGACUUCACCUACUUUGAGGAUCGUAACCAGGAUCGUCAUCAUCAUGGUGGGAUGCAUGGCGGAAUGCAUAGCAGCUUUUGAAUUUUUUAUGAGCCCAUUUCACUUGCAAACUAGAAUAAACUAGUUUUUUCUCCA